AAUAGGUCAAACAAAAGUGUUCGAGACAAUAUACACCCUUCAGGUUUACUAAUAUUAAACAUAUUUUUACUGAUUUUGUAUUUAUGAAUAAAAUUUCGUGGAAAAAAUAAUCAUUUUUAUUUUUAACAUUUCAACUGUGCAAGGUUUCUUUGCAAUAUAUAGAAAAGUAUUUGUGGACAGUUUUAUUUCAAGUCUGAACAUUAUUUUAGCUACAAUUUUUUGUACAACUCUAAAGGUUUUUACUUCCCAACAAACUAGCAAGAUGUUCACGUUGUGGUACACAAUUUUGACCUAUAAAGAAUACCGCGAUACAGUAUUGGAAAAGCUACGGUCGAAAAAGCCCCAACCAAAAGAAACGGCCAUUGUAUGCCCUCUUCCCCCUAAAAAGAGCGAGCCAACUCCCAAAAUACCAGUUGCCAUACCUACCAAACCUGUCCCUCCACCCCCCAGUCCGAAAACAACAACUCCAACUCCUCCAAAGUCUCCGACGCCUGCAGCUGUUCCACAGUUCAAGCCGAUCCCAUCGCCAGCUGUCCAGCCUGCCUCUCCCAAGCCGGAAUCGCCGCAACCUGUCCAGAAACUUGACCCUCCACCCAAACCUCCACGUUCUCCAUCGCCCCAUCCAAUCAGGGCUGAGGCCUUCGACGAUAUCGAUUACGAAGAAGAGAGCGAGGAGAGCAGUGAGCCUGAAGAAGAAGAUUCGGUCCUGGCUACGCCCCAGAAGAAGCCAGUCGCUAAAAACGUCAACGACUUCAUCAAUAGAGAGAAAAACAAUUAAAUGUUACGAAAAGUUUAAACGAAAAUCUCCUCUUUGUUUAAAAAUGAUCAAGAGGUUUUGCGAUUGUUCUUCCCAAAUGAUAUUAUGUAUAGUUUAUACAAUACAGGUUGAAACAAUUUGAUAAGUAGCAAUCUGGAAUUAUCUUUUAGACAAAAAUACUAUCAGGAAGAUUAGGGGAUAACAGUGGAGACCUUGAUAACAGUUUAUAUGUCCCCAUUGCUACUUUUCAAGUUGUCACCCUGUAUAAUUUAUAUACUAUGAGUUUAGAAAAAAAGAGCUAAUAAUGAAAUUUUACAUAAAGCGUAAUUUUUAUGUACAACCUUCCUAAUUAUUGGUGAUGUUUGAAUAGCAUGAAGAAAUAUUAUUUAAAAAUAUCUGUAAUACUUAUUUAUUUAUUUAUUUUGCAUGAUGCUUCAGUGUAGAAUUGUUGAUAUAUUUUAAAAUCUUUAUUUCUAUAUUGUUUUGCAAUGUUAUAUCCACCUAGAUGAUAAGGUUAUGCAAUGUUUCUGUAGCUUUUUCAAAUUUUGCAUGACUUUUUCGGUCAAUGUUGAAGAUGUCAGUAAAAAGAGUUGCCAAUAUCAAUAUAGAAAAAUCUGAUAUUUUAUUUAUAUUGAUAUUUUUUUAAUUUUCUUAUAGGUAUAUUUUUUCUUGAUUAAUUGAUAUUGGUGUAUUAUACAUCAUUUUUUAAAAAGUGUAUAUUAUGUUAUAUUUGAGACAAUCCAAGUUGUUAUAAAUAAAAAAUACUUUAAAAUA